AUGGUCGCCCUCCACUCCCGCCUGCGGACAAUCCUCCCCCUAGCCGCGCUCUUCGCCCUGGUCAUCGUCCUCGUCCGCUUCCACGCGAGCAUCAUCAACCUCGACUCCCUCUACGACCUCGCAAAACACACCAACACCGCGCCGCCUUCUUCAGAGGACAAGGAUCACAAGCAGUCGCUCUCCUCCGAAACGCCAGUCUACAAGCCAGCGCCCACGUACACCUCGCCCCCGGUAAUCGACCCUUUUCCCCUCCUCGCCAACACCGACUCGCCGCCCCCCUCGAUCCCCGCGCACAAUGUCCCACGCAAGGACCUACACAGAGACUACGGCCUCGAUGCGCAGCCGCCGCUCUUCAUCGGCUUCACCCGCCAAUGGCCCAUCCUCCUACAAUGCGUCGUGAGCUACAUCACAGCCGGCUGGCCCCCGUCGAGCAUACACGUCCUCGAAAAUACCGGCGUCCAGUUCGCCAACGCCCAGGGCAAGCUCUCCCUCCAGAACCAGUUCUACCUCAACCACACGACGCUGAAGCGGCUGGGCGUCAACAUCAUCCAGGCACCCGCGCUGCUCUCCUUCUCGCAGAUGCAAAACAUGUUCCUGCACGAGGCGCACAAGAACGACUGGCCAUACUACUUUUACUCCCACCAAGACGUCCUCGUCUUCUCCUUUGAGGACGGCAAAGACGACACCCACCGGCCCGGCGAUCGGAAAUGGGAAUUCUACGACGACGAGGAGCAGAACGAGGUCAUGAACCCGUCCGCGGCGGGACAGCAGGGUUACCGCACAAUCUACGAAAACUGCCUACGCGAUCUCGACACCACGGUCAGGCGCAAGGAGAAGUGGGGUUUCAGGUGGUACCAGUACGACCACCUGACGCUGGUGAACCGCGCCGCGAUGGACGCCAUUGGCGGGUGGGACUCGCUGAUCCCGUACUACGCGACCGACUGCGACAUGAACGCGCGCCUGGCCAUGGACGGCUGGACGAUGAAGCAUCGUCGGGCGGGCCUCAUCAACGAUAUCUCGACACACCUCGAGGACCUUUCGGUUCUCUACAGGGUGCCGGGCGCGGUCCCAAAGUUUGUCGACCCGAAUCCCUCGCCCCCGCCGCCGACCGAGAAGAAACCAGAGGCCGAGAAAAAGGGCGGCAGGCGAAACAAGGACCUCGCGACAAACACCACCGCCCUGGACGAGGCGGACUACUUCCGCUCCGUGGUCAAGACGGGCCUCGACAUGACCAACUACAAGUACAGGGACAGCGACCACAACCGCAACUCGUGGCAAAAGAGCCAGCACGGAGGCGAAGGCGAGCCGUACUACUACGAUGCCGCCGGGUUCGCAGAGGCCUUUGAGGUGCUGGUCGCCGCGGGGCGCAAGGUCUUUGAGCUGAAAUGGGGUCGGGGCGGGUGCGAUAUCGCCGAGGGCUUCGGACUGAAGAGUACGGACCAGUGGCGCGUCCUGUCUCCAGAGAAGAAGACUGAAUGA